CUCACACUCCCCCCUUGCCUCUACCCAGCACCUUCUCAAGUUGUAGCGGUCGCCCGCCAGGGGUUCUCUGUGGGCUGCGGAAGGGCGCGUGGGGGAGGGGGUUCGGACUGCUCGGCGCUUCGAGGAGCGAGUGUGUGUGCGCGCCCAGGGCCGGGGCGGCGGUUCACCGCCCCGGGAGAUGAGGGGUCGGCGCUGACAGGGAAGAGCGGACACCGCGGCGGUGGCGACAGCGGCUCGGAGGGGACCCGCGAUGGCAGCGCCUCGGGAGGAGGCUCCAGGCAGGGCGGGCUGCGCUAGCUGCGGCCACUGAGGUGCUGGCGGGCCGGCCGGCUGGCGACCCAGGCUGCAGGGACGAGAGGCGCGUUCGACGUCCGCACCCCAGCGUCCUCGCCUCAGUUGUCUAAACUUCGGGCUCCCGUCCACCAGCCCUCCGAACUCGGAGUCAACAACUUCUUCACCCCCCCACUACCCCCGCCCUCGCCUCCGUCAGCCCCGGGAGCUCGCCGCGCGUCGGGGACCAGGAACCUCCGGCUCUGAGAUGUGGCCGUGAGGCGUCGGUGGGCGGCGAGGAGAAGCUCGGCGGCGCCCGGGAGCGGGAGGGCAGUGCGGCCGGGGGAACGGGGCGGAGGGGCGCGAGCUCUCGGCGCCUCUCCCCCGCCUCCUCCUCCUGCUGCUGCCCGUUCCGUGCAAGCAGCAGCCGGAGCUGCCAAGCACCAGGGCCGUGGUGAUGUCGUCGUCGUCGCCGCCGCCGGCGGGGGCUGCCAGCGCCGCCAUCUCGGCCUCGGAGAAAGUGGACGGCUUCACCCGGAAAUCGGUGCGCAAAGCGCAGAGGCAGAAGCGCUCGCAGGGCUCGUCGCAGUUCCGCAGCCAGGGCAGCCAGCCAGAGCUGCACCCCUUGCCCCAGCUCAAAGAUGCCACUUCAAAUGAACAACAAGAGCUUUUCUGUCAGAAGCUGCAGCAGUGUUGCAUACUCUUUGAUUUCAUGGACUCUGUUUCAGACUUGAAGAGCAAAGAAGUUAAAAGAGCAACAUUGAAUGAACUGGUUGAGUAUGUUUCAACUAAUCGUGGUGUAAUUGUUGAAUCAGCGUAUUCUGAUAUAGUAAAAAUGAUCAGUGCUAACAUCUUCCGAACUCUUCCUCCAAGUGAUAAUCCAGAUUUUGAUCCAGAAGAGGAUGAGCCCACACUUGAGGCCUCUUGGCCUCACAUACAAUUGGUGUAUGAAUUCUUCUUAAGGUUUUUGGAGAGCCCUGAUUUCCAGCCUAGCAUUGCAAAGCGAUACAUUGAUCAGAAGUUUGUACAACAGCUCCUGGAGCUUUUUGAUAGUGAAGAUCCCAGAGAACGUGACUUCCUGAAGACCGUUCUGCAUCGAAUUUAUGGGAAAUUUCUUGGAUUAAGAGCAUUCAUCAGAAAACAAAUUAACAACAUUUUCCUCAGGUUUAUAUAUGAAACAGAGCAUUUCAAUGGUGUUGCUGAACUCCUUGAAAUAUUAGGAAGUAUUAUCAAUGGCUUUGCAUUGCCACUGAAAGCAGAACAUAAACAAUUUCUAAUGAAGGUUCUUAUUCCUAUGCAUACUGCAAAAGGAUUAGCUUUGUUUCAUGCUCAGCUAGCCUACUGUGUUGUACAGUUCCUGGAGAAAGAUACAACACUAACAGAACCUGUGAUCAGAGGAUUGUUGAAAUUUUGGCCAAAAACAUGCAGUCAGAAAGAGGUGAUGUUUUUAGGAGAAAUUGAAGAAAUCUUAGAUGUCAUUGAACCAACACAAUUCAAAAAAAUUGAAGAGCCCCUUUUUAAGCAGAUAUCCAAGUGUGUAUCCAGUUCUCAUUUUCAGGUUGCAGAAAGGGCGCUGUACUUCUGGAACAAUGAAUAUAUUCUUAGUUUGAUUGAGGAGAAUAUUGAUAAAAUUCUGCCAAUUAUGUUUGGCAGUUUGUACAAAAUCUCCAAAGAACACUGGAAUCCGACCAUUGUAGCACUGGUGUACAAUGUGCUGAAAACCCUCAUGGAGAUGAACGGCAAGCUUUUCGAUGAUCUUACUAGUUCAUACAAAGCUGAAAGACAAAGGGAGAAAAAGAAGGAAUUGGAACGUGAAGAAUUAUGGAAAAAAUUGGAGGAGCUAAAGCUGAAGAAAGCUCUAGAAAAGCAGAACAGUGCUUACAACAUGCACAGUAUUCUCAGCAAUACAACUGAUGAAUGAAAAAAGCCUUCCACCUCUGUUGGAUAGGUGGUUUUGUACACUUUUCUGAAAUAUGUAAAAAUUAUGAAACCUCAUCAGUAUAAUUAAAAGGCCAAUUUUUUUUCUGGCAACUGUAAAUGAAAAAAAAUAUAUGGACUCAACAUAGCUCUGUGCUAUAUCAUGGCCAUAGUAUAUUGUAACCUUUGUCUAAUCAUUGAUUUGUGUCCCUCUUCUGAAGUUUCACAGAAAUGAAUGAGCUUUAUCAUCUGUGAUAUGAGUGAAAUCAUUACGGGAGUGGUAAGAAUCAUGACUUGAAUUCUGUCUGGGUUGUGUUGCACAUAGAUACAGUAGAGUCUGCUCUGUGUAUUUUUCCCUUUGAUAACGUGCUUUCACAUUGCUGCAGACCUUAGUUACAUCCCAGGACAAAGACUUUCCUAAAGUAAAACUAAGGUGUAAUUCUUAUCCUUCCCUUCAUCUCUCCCAGAAAUAUGACGGAGGGAAUUACUUGCCCCUAAGCCUUCCUUCACAGAGAUAUUACUGUACUCUGGAAUUUGAGCAAAACCUUAAAUUUCCAGGCUUUCUAAAGCACAAAUUAUAAAUAAAAGCUGGGAACGUAAACCAAAUUCUUCAGAUCGAUCCUUAUGGACAUCCCCCUUCAUCUGCAGCUCCCCAGAGCGCUGAGCACAGAUUAGUGGGGGCAGUGCCGUGAACACAGCCUGCCUCUCAGUUCAUUCCUCCUCUUCCUCCCAAAGGCUGAAGGCAGGGCCUUUCCAGUCCUCACAACCUGCCCUUCUCCAGUACCUCCUGAUGCAGGGAUGGAGGCUUUGAGUCCCACGGUGUGGUGAUGCAGAGCGCUCAUUGUCACUGCCUGGCUUUGUGUAAAGGAAAUGCAGUAGGCUUCCUCUGUAGGGUUCUGAAAAAGCUGACUAUAGAGAAGUCGUAUAUGUUUCUACUUGGUCAAGUAUUUUCUCACAUUUUGUUAUCAGAGUACCAUUCCAAUCUCUUAACUUGCAGUUGUGUGGAAAACUGUUUUGUAAUGGAAGAUCUUUAUUGGGGGAUUGAGCAGCAUUUAAUAAAUCUAUGUUUGUAUUUUGCCUUA